UGCAAUUAGCAACUCCUGUCUUGCCCCCAGCCCCUUCCCCUACCAGGCCAGCUUCUCAUUACACAUUCUCACAGGGGAGGCCUAUGGGGUACUCAGUUGCGGGCAGGAGGGACUGUGGAGGCCUUGAAAUUUGAGCCCGGGAGGAACUAUCUACUUCUCCAGCCCAGGAGGCUGAGUGCUCAUUCUACAGCAGCUUCUGGCUGGACUUCACAGGAUGAAUCUCCAAGGUUUCUUAUCUGUCUACUCCUUCCUCCAUUCAUUUUCCAUUUGUGGUAAAGUUAUUUCUUUCUCACCCCUUACCUUCCCCCAUUGGCCUUUCGACAACAGCUGGGCCAUUUUUCACUCUGUCUUCCUAACUCCAGUGUAUUUACUGAAAGAUAAAUGUGCUGUUUUAUAUCCCUCAUACCACACACAGAGCCAUUUACUUAGAUUUCACAGCACAAGGAUACAUAUAUGAGAGCUGCAGUGUCAUCAUCAAAAUAGGUCUCACUUUGGGAACUCAUGGUAUAUCUGUCUCAGGCCACACCUCCAUUCUUCACAGUCACUUCUCAGACACCACAUCUUGGAAUAGAGUGUCAAAGCAAUAAACUAAACCCAUUUCCCUUGGGACAGCCCAUUUGGAGAACAUUACUGAACCAAGGGUCCUUGUCCAGCUAGGCCCCCACUUUGAUCUAGGUGAUCCUCAGCUUUCCCCUUGGAUCUUAAAACAACAUUCCACUACCCCUCUGCCUCCAUCUGGCCUCCCUCCAGGCUCAGCUUGCUUUUAGCAGAAUCAGGUUCCCAGAAAACACUUUUCUCAUGUCUCACUCUGCUGCUAGGAAGUCCACAGGGCACCUUGCUUCCACAGGGAAGCAAGAGAGAGUUGGGCUCUCAAGUCAGGCUCCAAACCUCUUUCAAAGCUGACCUAGCACACUGUUGAAGAAAAGGAUUUGGAGCCCGACAGAUCUGAGUUUGAAUCCUGGCUCAACCACUUACAAGUUGUGGUUAGACAUGUGAUUUAACCUCCAUGAUCCUUUCUCAUCUGUAAAAUAAGGAUGGUUAAACAUAACUCACAGAGCUCUCGUAAGCUGAAACAAGAUGAAGUAUGCAUGCUGCCUGGAACAGAGUAGAGUAGAGCUCCACAGGUGUGAAUUCUGUCUUUUCAGUUUCACCAGCCUUGCUAUGAGUGCUAGAUUCAUGGCUGAUAGACCCCAGGCUUGAGGCCUGGGUAUUGGUGACCCAUAGUACCUGUGGGGUAGACCCUGGAUGUUUGUUUUCUUCCACUACUGGAUGAAAUGUUCUGUGUGGGACAAGGGGCCCAUGGGGACCCAGCCAGCCAAAAAUGAGCUGCUCUAGGGCCCUGCUUAUGGUGCAGGACACUGGGACACCCACACCUGGCCAUACCAGGACUUUGUUCCUGGGUUACCUAUAGUCUCGCUGAACUUUGCAAAGAAAAGUUCUUUUGAGUUGUGCUUCUGCCCUUUGAACCUGUUAUCUUCAGAGUCACAAACCUGGCCCACUAGGCUAUAAAAGCAGCUCAUUCCAACGCAUUCUCCCUGCAGCCUGCUCCUUGCCAUCCACCACACACCCUCACCAAACCAGCGGCCAUCACCAUGACAAGGGACCAGAAUGGAACCUGGGAGAUGGAGAGUAAUGAAAACUUUGAGGGUUACAUGAAGGCCCUGGAUAUUGAUUUUGCCACCCGCAAGAUUGCAGUACGUCUCACUCAGACGAAGGUUAUUGAUCAAGAUGGUGAUAACUUCAAGACAAAAACUACUAGCACAUUCCGCAACUAUGAUGUGGAUUUCACUGUUGGAGUAGAGUUUGACGAGUACACGAAGGGCCUGGAUAACCGGCAUGUUAAGGCACUGGUCACCUGGGAAGGUGAUGUCCUUGUGUGUGUGCAAAAGGGGGAGAAGGAGAACCGCGGCUGGAAGCAGUGGAUUGAGGGGGACAAGCUGUACCUGGAGCUGACCUGUGGUGACCAGGUGUGCCGUCAAGUGUUCAAAAAGAAAUAAUGGUGACGCGGGAGGCCUGCCAAGCACAAGCUCCCCACUGCCCACACCGAGUGGUCUACUGGCUUUGAGAAGCAGCUGUGGGGACCUUCCCACUCUUGACAGAGCCCCAUUAAGGCAUCUGGAUGGGUUUUAAACAGAACGUGUAUGUAGCAGUGAUAGACAUAUUCCCCUCCUUUGAAAUCUAGCAUUAAAUGGAAAAACAAAAAUUACUCCCAUAUUUUGAAACCCUUUAUAUGGAUCUCCGUUUAUUUCUAGAGCUGUCAGUUUUACCCACAGACAGAAGAGAUGACUGUCUGUGUGGUUUUUGCAUGUUUAUUAAUUUGUUUCAAUUUAUUUUAUUUUGUUUCUUUUUUCUUAGUUUGUUUGUUGGUUUGUGGGGGACAUGGGGGGUGGGAAGGAGGGCAUUUUACCUAGAAACAUUCUGUGGCCAACACGGCGUCUGCUACUGAUUCUUGAACAUCCUCGUCUGAGACUCAUUCCUUUGAAUGCACAUUAUUUCUCCAAAAUUCUAUUUUAGGAUACAUAUGCCUCCCAGUCCCGCACCUUGCCCUGAGCAGCCUGGGCAGAGCUAUUCCAACAGAUCUGCAGUGCCAGCUGCUCUUGGCCCAAGCCAGCCCUCUGUCCAUCAGCCCUGUGCUGCAGAGGGGGUCACUAACCACAGGUCUACUCGGGCUUAGUGUGUAACUUCUCAACUACUACCACAUGCCAGGUGCCGCAAGCUCUGGGGCAGGAGGCCUGAGUUCAAGUUCUGCCCCUUCACUUCUUAGCUGGGUGACCAUGGGCCUGUCAUUUGGCCUCUCUGUCCUCAUUUUCCUCUACCAUAAUAUGGAGAAGAGACAAAACUAUCAUCUCCUCCACUGGGUCACUGUGAGAAUUAAGCAAUUUAAAACAUGCAAAGUGCUUGGAGCGGGCCCUGGUAUGUGGUAAGGAUUCAGUCCCUGUUAGCCCUGGUCCUUCUGCUGAGUUACCCCCUCCACAGUCUCAGGGGUCCUGGUGAGCAGAUGCUAAGUAGAGAUAG